AUGACCGCCGUCGCAUUGGCGAGCGGGCAGCAAGACUGUCGAGAGGAACAGGUCGAUCUGACAGCGAAGAGCGCCGAAAUACAUUCCACUGCUACUCAUCAAAACGAGCCGACUCAUCAUCGUCGCGCCGCCUUGCCGUUCCCGCACCGGGCCGCCGUAUUACCCCGCGUUCGCGGAAACAGGUCCAAGAGAAGCCGGUCCCUGGCCUUGUUACUCGACUGGUGGAAGAGGAUUUUGAAGAAUUCGAUGCCCGUACUUUGCAGACAUCCUUCCCUAUUGUCGGCCUUGCCGACGUCGAGGUACCCUACGACGACCCCGCCGAUAUCUUCAGCAUCAUACCGCAACGUGUGCUUGUUCACGGCCAGUUCUUUUUCUACAAGUCGUCUGUGUCGACCGAAGCUACCCCAAACGAAAUCGGAAAUCGGAAAAUACGACAAGAUCGCCGCCUCCGGCCUUUCCUCUUCUGAGCUCCCUACUUCACGGCUCUACGCCAUGGUCGUCGGCUCUAAGGGCAGGCUGCGCGGCCUGAUUUACCACUUCAUCAAGUCGGAAGAGCGGCUUACGUGGGCUGUUGACGAGCGUGCUCCCCUUGCUCUUCGGGAGAAAUGUGCGGCGCAGAUCAAGGAUACCGUGGCCAAGCUGCAUCAUCUGGGUGUCGUCUGGGGCGACGUCAAAGCCGACAAUGUUCUCGUCGACGAGAAUGGUAAUGCCAUAGUCAUUGACUUGAAGGGCGGCACCACACAAGGCUGGGUUGACCGGGAGAAGGAAGGCACUGUGGAAGGAGACGCACAGGGCGUAGAGAAUAUGAUGGACUUUAUCUUUAAUGAUGAAUCAAUGCUCCGUCCCCCGCCUCUGGGGCCGGACGAUGAGCCUAUCGUCAAGCUCAGAGGUUAUUGA